UUUUCAGAAAACAUAAUGACAUACAUUACACUGUCAUCGUCAUGCUUUGUAGUUUGAAACUUUUUGGAGGCAUCCAUGUUGAAACAUUUACAUCACGCAGUAAUAGUUUUGGUCAGCCUUUUUCGGGGCUUCAGAACAAGAAAUCUUUGACAACAGUGACUCCUCGGUAAAGUUCCCGAAAUGUAACCAUCUUCAAAACGUUUAAUAUGAGUUGUUCCUUCCAUGAUUGUUGAGUAACUAGUUAGUUGGGUUGAUCUGAGAAAUAAGAGGACUCGUCUCGAAACGUCGGAGAGCAUCUGUGGCUAAAGGCUUAAGCUAGCCCGCGAUUAAGCAGCAUGAUGGGGGACAGCGGUGUUGUUGCGAGGCUCGGCAACAUGAAGGCUUUGCUCGGAAUAGUCGCCGGAGCUGGAGCCUCUUAUGGGCUGUACAAGCUGAUCAGCAGAGAAGGUUUGAGGAGAAACAAGAAGAAGGCCGCGAGUGAAACUAUGAGGAGCAGUCAGCAUCAGGAGGAAGUGAAAGUGCAACCCGGGAGUCUGCUGGCCAAAGUGUCCGGUCUGGAUGUGGUCUGUUUCAGGCCAGAGGAGGCUGUUGCAGAUGAUGUCAUCCACCAGUCCCCCAACAAUCUAGAGCCACAACACUUGAAGAUGCUGCUGUCAUGUCUGCAGUCUGGCACAGAUUCAUCUGACAGGUGUAGGAUUCUUCUUACGCUUGGAAAUGCUGCUGCCUUCACUGUGAAUCAGAUUCUGAUUCGGGAGUUUGAUGGGAUCCAUAUCAUCGCAGCUUUUCUGACUGAUCCCGCACCAGAGGUUAAAAUCCAGACUCUGAAUGCUUUAAAUAAUUUGUGCAUGAACAUCCAAAACCAGGAACAAAUAAAGAUUUUCGUGCCGCGGGUGCUGGAACUGAUUGAAAUGUCGCCGGUGAAUUCAGACCUUCAGCUUGGUGCUCUGCGGCUGCUGACCAACCUCUCUGUCACAGACAAGCAUCAGCAUUUGCUGAAGGGAGCCGUUACUCUUUUACUCUCUCUGCUGGUUGUGAGCAACGAAUCCUUGCAGGUUCAGACGUUGAAAGUUCUCGUGAAUCUAUCAUCUAAUCCUGAUAUGAUUGAUGACAUAGUUCAAGCUCAGGCUCCUGCGUCUGUGAUGCUUUUGUUUGACAAAAGAACAGCCCCCGCAGUGCUUCUGCGACUGCUGACGUUCGUGGGGAACCUGAAGGCCUGGAGGCCCUCUGCACAGGUGGCAGAAGAACUAAGGCGGAAACAGGACGGCCUCUUCCGGGUUAUGCUGGAUGAGUCUUCCCAGCUCCACAGCAGACUCAUGCAGCUGCUUUCUCACCCAGAUGCAGAAAUUCAGGCCCAGGUAGCUCGUAUAAUGACAUAGACGUGCAUUCAGUUUUACUUCCUAUAUAUUUGCCAAAGGCUCCAACCAAACACCCCUCACUGUAUAUAAAUCUAUUGACUCAAAUCUAUUAAAAGAGCAAGUUGUGACUUCCUGUGGAUAGUCAACCUCUCUCAGUGCAUCAUCCACAGUGCAGUUCCUUAAAAGUAAAUUCUAAGGAGGAAACUGAAAAACCUUUGGGAGUUGCUGCAUCACCAGACUAGAUCACGUCAAAGUGCCCUAUCUUCGAAGAAUUUUAUCAAAAAUUUGUUUCAGGUAAAUUUUGAAAUGAAACGCCACUGCCGAAUGUCUCCAAAUGAUGUGUCAUUAAGGUGACGAGCCACUCUUCUUCCCUGACUGCUGAUUAAAGAAGCUUUGCUGGAGGAUUCUGAGAUUUGGGACUUGACCUGGAGGACUGCAAUACUGCAGUCCUGGUUAAUGCACCAGUGUGCUUCAUUUAAAGGAACCUUUAUUAUUCCUAAAUGAUUGUAGCCGUGUAAGUCACAGACACGCCACCCCUCCAACGACGGGUUCAGUGACUCAGGAAGACUGGAGUUUAGUCAUUGCCUGAACAGUAUUGUUAAGAAGAGUGGAGUUCUAUGGCUCAGUGCAUCAACUUUGAUACGAAAGCAGUGAACCAGAACCCGAAAAGGUCCAUUCAGGAUGCGCUGGUGUUUGAAUUCUUCAGCUGCUUGUUUGAAUCCUGCGAAACCCCCAGGGAUGGAGGGGGAGGAAGUUGCAGAGGAAGAGGAUGUCUGCACUGUUAUGCAACUACCAAGCUGAGGUACAGCUUGAAAAUGAAUGUGGGACAAAUAAAGUAGUUGGGUCAAAUUAAAAAUGAACUUUUUUUCUUUCAGUGUUUAUCAAUAAAGUGGUUCCUCUUCUGGAGCACUGAUGAAUGAGAUAUGUAAGCGGUGUUUUGGUUUUAAGCUAUGCACUAAUGCACGAGUCAGUGAGCCACUUUUGAUGUAGCUGCUGGACUGAUCCUGCUGGUCCAUAAGAUGACUGACAGUAUUUAGUGUGAGGGCAUAAGAGGGUGCCUGAAAGUUACACUUCUUAGUUCAAUCUGUAUUCCAGAUGCAUGGAAAUGCAGAUUUUUUUAAUGGACGUACCUAAAUCUGCAGCUAUUUCAAUAGAAAGUACAUUUUAACACAAGAAUAGUUUUACUUUUUAAAUGAAAAUGAGCUUUCAGAAGUUCAAACAUCAAAUGUUUCCAGUUUUGUUUAUGUCUGGAUUCUUUAAUAAUGAUUUCAGAUUUUAAUAAACAUUUUAAUUUGGGUUUAGUCACUAGUCCAAAUACUCUCAUUUGACUCGUUUACUUAAAUAUUUGCUGAUCCUACAGCUGCAAAGCAAACCCAAUUUAUUACUAAUGAGGCAUCCUUUGUAUGGUUUUUGCCAAACAUGUUUAUCUCCACAUGCGUUUCUAUAUCUUAAUAAAGUUUUUAUAUAAUAUUGCAGAUUUUUUUGACUUUGUCAGAAAAAACAAAGAUCAGAAAAACAGAAUAUUGAAAGACAGAGUUUUGUUUUUUUACCCCUGUUAGCACCAGUUAGACCACACCAUACUGCCGUUGUUUCUAAUCUAACAUUAACUAAUGUGCUACCUGAAGCCUGUAGAGUCUGAGAUGCUUCUGUGUUUGAGUUAUCCAGUGAAUAUGGCUGCUGUUUCAGAUGUGUGUGUGUUUUUUUUUUAAAGAUCCAGGUAUGAACAUUGCACCCUGAUCUCAGAAGUCAUGGUGGUGGUUUUUAUUUGAUCCCAUGACUGUAAAUACCUCUCAGGUGGUUGUUGUAUUGCAAUAUUACUCAGAAAGAUGCUCUUUUUCUUGUGACUUUGUUAAAUAUAUUUAUUCAUAAACGAUAGCAAAGAAUUUUUCUCUGUAUAUGUGAAUACGUUUUGUCAGUUUUAACUUUUUAAUAAAAUCCUACAAAACCUG